AAUGUUUUGCCCUUAUACGAGUGUAGUAGAAAAAUCUCAAAUGGAUGAGGAAUUAGAAUUAAUCAGCCGCAAUUUAAGCGAUGUUCUGGCCAAGUUGAAGAACAGCAAACACAAUGACUUGCAGGAUCGCAAGCUAAAGAUGGCUCGGCUGAUACGACUCCACUUGCAGCACGUGCAAACUACGGUGGUCACACUCAGGAGGAGGACGCAGCAGAGGACCAGGCGGAGAUUUAGGAUGCUACGCACGUUAUUUAUGCGCCAGAUGAUGGAAAUGCACUCGAACUACCUGCACAUGUACGCCAUGCUGCGCCUGAAGCAUUCCCAAGUCAUGGAAUCGGACUCGGAAACCAGCGAUGUCGAUGGAGAACCGCAGGUGGAGAUGGGCAUGCAAGGAACUUUUCCCUGCUUUGAUUCCCAUUUCUUUGAGCAUGUGAUUCCUGAUCUGAGCGAGGAGGAGUUUCUCAACACACUCCAUGUGACCCGGGGAACCUUUGAGACCUUGUGCAAGCAAUUGUCUCCCACUCUGCGGACUUCGGAUGAACUUACUCAAAGAGCGCCAGCAAUUUCUACCGAAAAGUGCGUGGCUCUGGCCCUGUACUUCCUGGCCAGCGGCGAACGGCUCUCUUUGAUUGCCGAGAGAUUUUCCCUGCCCCGUCCAAGGACUAUCAAGUGUCUAAAGGUCUUCUGCAACGCCGUGAUGUCCACUUUGGGCCGGGCGCUUCGCCAAUUGCCACAGCAUCCAGUGGACUGCAAUAGUGUAGCCGAAGGGUUCCAGCGCGAAAGCAACAUGCCCGCCGCAAUCGUCGGAGUUCUUGGCGUCUGCUCUAUUCCAAUCCGGGCCAACGGCGACGCCAAGAACUCGAUACUGCGCAUGGAGUAUCUCCUGGAUGAUCGUAUGCUCUUUCGGGAGCUGCAAUUGGGAUGUGGCUUGCGUGCCACCCUGGGACCUAUGUUUUCACACGCACCCAAUACUCUCACCGCGAUCCCUAAAUUCCGCAUUAAUUCCCGCCCAGUUCCAGCCUUUGUCUUGGCUCCGGUGUACCAGAACUAUCCACUGCGUCCUUGGCUUUUGCAGCGCUAUACUGAUCCGUUAGCCCCGCACGAACACGACUUCAACGAGGUUGCCGAGCAUCUGCAAGAGUUGAGUGACUGCGCAUUGCAUCGUCUCAUGUCCCGCUGGAGCUUCCUUAGCCAACCCCUGGACAUUAGCUUCCACACGGCGUCUUGCAUUAUCACAGCAGCCGCAGUGCUGCACAAUCUACUGGAAGAACUAAGCGAGCCGCACAUGCUCGAGUGGGGCAACUCAGUGGACGUGUCCAAGUUCCGGGCAGAGCCGCUGCCUGAUUCAGUCGGCGAAGACGCUGAGUCUCACGCGGCGCUAGAAGUGCGAGAUUUCCUAGCCAGAACCAUAAGCUCUACUGAAAUGUGAGGCGUACAAAUCGGUGUGCAUCUGACUUUGCAUAUAUAAGUUUUAGAGAUAAUGACUAAAAUAAAACCAAAUUAAGUUACAUUAUUAAAA